GUGUCUGUUGUCUGUCUCCUUGGGCCAUGUAUGCACAGCCCGCCCACGUACCGACUUAUCUGCGGGCUGUCGAUCACGGCCGCUAGUCCUGGCUCUAGAGGGGCCGGCACAGCACACUCACAUGCGUACAACUCUAGCUGAGCUGCGAGUACGCGUGUCCGUCCGUGCCAUGCUGGUAUACCAAGAGCUAUCGGGUCCGUCUCGUCCCGGCAGCGCGGUCCAACCUAGGAACGUGCUCUCCGCCUAGCCCAGGAGACGGCCUCUGCUUAGUUAUCAUCGUAAUUACGGGGCGAGGCGCAUGGGGAGGUUCGAGCUGACGCAGGUAGGUGCGAUUCGCCGCCAGCCACUAUUAUAUAUAUACCACCUGGUUACCUGGGUAGCUGGGUGGGCUUUGUCCGGGUUAGCUAUCCGCGCACGCAGACCAGGCGAAGCAGCGGACGGACGGGCGACGUGCUGGCUGGGACAGCGACCGAACAGGAACCCGACCGGGCUAACCCGGCGAUGGGCAAAAGCGGCAAGACCGGUUUACUUGGGGAGGUGGGAAGAGAGGCGCCGCGGCAUGUCUCGUUUCGGCGCGCGGAGAUGGGACCAGGACCUGGCCCUGGCGCCCUCUCUCCCCCCUCCCCCCACGCCGCCAGCCUGUGAGCCAGCAGGGGUCGCGCAAGCCCAGGACGUCCGUUGGUGCGGGUCAGCGGCGGCCAAGAGAGGCGUGGUGAGGUGCGUUACGCGUACGCUCGCACAGGCGGCACAGGAUAGGACGGACGGGUGUUUCCAACGCAGGCGACGCAUGGAGACGAGACAAGUACGGGGGUUGUGUGUGUGGCUGACAGGUGUGCUACUGGACGACGAGGACAACGACAGGGGAAGCAUGGCGAUAAGAACAGGAUGGGAUUAUUUGUAAGAGGCGAUGGCAGAUCGUGCGCCCAAGGUGUGAAGUUGCGCCUAAGGUGUACAAGACGCGGGUGCAGAAUCCAGAGCGAGGUGGGAUGGGACGGGAUAAGGGACAGGGAUAGGACAGAGACGGGACGUUGCGAG